CGCGUGUUUUUCCCAUCGACGCCACCACCGGGGUUUAAAUCCUACACUGACAAAAAAAAUGUCGAGCUACAGCCGCCACCGACACGGAUCCCCCUCCUCUCCCAAAUCUCAACCGAUCCGACAGAAAUUACAGUUUGCAUCCAGCGACGGAGAGGAUGAACCAAUAGAGGAUGUUAAUAACAGCACCGGAGGAGAGUCUGGCUUCACGGAGCUCGACUCUCCGGUGCCGGUGAGACGAGGAGGAGACACCGCCGCCGAUAAGCGCCUUGAAGGCAGCAGCAGCCCCAUGCACCACGAUGAGCUUUGGGACGAGGAAGGUUUUGGAUCUCCGUCUCAUCUGCGGUCUCCGAGCAGCGGGCUUUUUGCACAUUGCUCGCCGUCACCGAGGAAAGCUUCACGGUUGUAUUCACCGGAGAGAUCCUACGUGCAAGACGACGGAGAAGAAGGAUCCAGCUCCCCGAUCCCAGACUGCCCCGACACACCUCCGCACAAAACCUUCAGAAAACUAAGACUUUUUGACACACCGCACACACCAAAGAGUUUAUUGUCCAAAGCCAGGAGCUCCGGCCCAGGAUCUUCCAGCAGGAGAGUUGCCCUGUUCAAGAAUGUGGAGCCUUCAGCAAAGUCAAUCACAGACAGCAACAGGAGACAGCAGACUCCCCUAGUCAACUUUAACCCCUUCACCCCCGACUCCCUCCUCAUCCAGUCGGCCACACAGCAGAGAAUAAACAGGAAGAGGGCACACUGGAAUGACUCAUGUGGAGAAGACAUGGAGGCGAGCGACGGUGAGGGAGAGGAGGAAAUCCUACCGCCCUCAAAGAGGAUCACCAUGAUGGAAAGCAACAUGAUGUCCCGGUACGUCUCAGAGUUCCUCGAGCUCGAGAAGAUCGGCUGCGGGGAGUUCGGUGCUGUUUUCAAGUGUGUGAAAAGAAUCGAUGGCUGCAUCUACGCCAUCAAAAGAUCAAAGAAACCUCUGGCGGGAUCAGUAGAUGAGCAGAACGCCUUACGGGAGGUGUAUGCCCACGCGGUGCUGGGCCAACAUCCCCAUGUGGUGCGCUACUACUCCGCCUGGGCCGAGGACGACCACAUGCUCAUCCAGAACGAGUACUGCAACGGCGGCACGCUAUCCGACGUCAUCGCCGAGAACUACAGACGCCUCAGUUACCUGUCGGAGUUGGAGCUCAAAGAUCUGCUGCUUCAAGUCACACGAGGCCUCAAGUACAUCCACUCUACCUCCCUGGUGCACAUGGACAUCAAGCCAAGCAACAUCUUUAUUUCACGUAAAUCUGUAGCCAGCUGUGGCGAAUGUGAUGAAGACGAAGGUUUGACCACCAGUGUAAUUUAUAAAAUAGGUGAUCUCGGUCAUGUGACAAGAGUAAACAAUCCACAGGUGGAGGAGGGUGACAGCAGAUAUUUGGCCAAUGAAGUUUUACAAGAGGACUACAGUAGCUUAAUGAAGGCCGACAUCUUUGCUCUGGCUCUGACUGUGGUCAGUGCCUCGGGGGCCGAGCCUCUGCCCACCAACGGAGACAAGUGGCACGAAAUCCGGCAGGGAAAACUCCCCGCCAUUCCCCAAGUGCUUUCUCCAGAGUUUCUCAGUCUUCUAAAGCUGAUGAUUCACCCUGACCCAGCUAGACGACCGUCAACCUCUGAGCUCAUCAAACACCCGGUACUCCUGACGGCCGCCAGAAUGAGCGCAGACCAGCUGAGAGUCGAGCUCAAUGCCGAAAAGUUCAAGAACGCUCUGCUCCAGAAGGAGCUGAAGAAGGCUCAGAUGGCGCGAGCCGCAGCAGAGGAGAAGGUUUUAUCCACUGACAGGAUCCUGACCCGCUCCACAGUCCAGUCCCAGAACCCCAGAACCUCCAGACUCAUCGGCAAGAAGAUGAACCGGUCGGUCAGCCUCACCAUCUACUGAGACUUUAACCCACCAUGACAGGAAGUGAAACACGUGGGAAACACAAAAAAUAAAAAUCAGACCUGUUGAAUUUAAACAGUCUUUUUUUUGGGGGGAGGGGUUUGUUCCCGAGGAGGACUCCUCCUGUCGGUUGUGGUUUGGGCGUUUUUACGCCCAGUUAAAGCUGUAGACUGUUGCCACACUGAACACGGAUGUCAUCUCGAUAGACUCUCUCAUUGCCAACACAGUUCAGCCCUGUUGUCCAAUGAACUGAACUCAUUCAUUGAAGGUAGUUACGAUACCUUUCCACACUCUCUCAUUCCUUUUUUUUUUUUCUUGGCCUUGCACUUCCUUCGACAAAGCCGAAGCCUGUUUGGCAGCGGAUUAAAUAAAAAGCCGCAGUGAAGCGCUCUCUCUCUAUCUUCAGUGUGAAUGUACUUGCCGUAGCCGUGCGCACCUUACUGCCUGUCAAAUGCCUGAUGCUGGGUACCAGAAGAUCCGAGGAACGACGACGACGAUUUCUGUUUGUGUAACGGAGCACUUUGGAGGCAUCGAGUGGAACUUUUUUUUUGUAAAAAAGAAGAAGAAGAAGAAAAAGAAAAGAUAAAAAACCUGCUGCUAUUGAUGUUUUUUGUGUAUCAGGGUUUUUGGCCGAUUUCAGGUUGGAUCGUUCCAGAUAGAUGUCAUUUGGCUCUUAUUUUGAAGUAGCAGGAGUCCAUUUCCCCCCUUCAGUUUAAAUAUCCGUUUUUGUUCAGGUCAGAUGGAAAAAAUGGAUCAUGCCAUUUUUGUGGAAAAAUAAUCCCAGCUUGUUUUUGACAGUACCAAAAACCAGUGAGCUACCCGUUAUCUGUGACGUUUUGAAUUGAUCCAUAGUGUUUGUGAUUUUCCUGAUAUUGGUGCUGCCAGCCCUGCCUGUAGCAUUAGAACAAUCAUUGUCCUGUUCUUUGAUUUCUCAUUUGUUCUGUUGUACUUCUUUCUUUUUUUCUUCCCUCCUGCUGUCGUUUCCAUGAUGCUUGUCUUCACAAUUAUUGUUUAGGAACAUAUUCCUCAUCUUUGUUGUUCUCCUAACACACAAAAAACCCUUUUCCCCCCUGUUUGUAACCUUGUACAUAUGUUCUUCUAAUAAAUUCUCACCAUCUACACUUUC